GAAACGUUUUAGAACACCAAAGAAAUGUCUUGUGCAUACUAUUAUUUCUUAAAGUUAAAUUAUGAGUCAAAAUGACAAUAAAAACUAAUAGACAGUUUGAGCAAAUGUAUGGCCACUGCACAUAAACAAUAUUGGGAAAACCCGCAACACCUAAACAUAAUCAUUGAAAAUCGCAGCCGACCAUCAUACCGUUCAAGUAACAAAAAAACGGUAUCAAGUAUUUACCGCGAAAUCAAACGCUCAUAAUUACGGAGUCAAGACCAAUCGUUUUACGACAUAUAUAUACGAUCGCACAGUUCCGUAGCCGCAGCCGAGUCGCGAACGCUACCCGACACACACCAGACAUGCUAACACUCGCGUACACCACGCUCGCGUUACUCGUAACAAUCACCGCUCGAACAAUCCCAGACAACUACAACCAAGAAAGAAGAGCUUUAUUAGCCGAAGAAACACUAACAUCCGUCGGCGGAAAACAAAAGCUGAACGAUGAAGAAACUCGCGCUAACGAAAUACUCAUGAAAUUGAAGACCAACGAACUGAACGCCUCGUAUUUCAAUCCGCAACAUUUCAAUUUCUCCAAACAUUAUUUUUCGUACAAGAAGGAUAUUGAGAAAUCUAGAGUGUACCAAAUCAUAAGGAGCAUGCCGAAAGGAGCGGUCCUACAUGUACACAGCUCACUGAUGCUACAUCCGGAUAUCCUGGUCAAAUUGACGUACGAGGAAUAUUUGUACGCGUGCUACACACAUGAUAGUAUAAAACUACAGUUCUCUAAGGCGACCCCAGCGCGACCUUGCGCGAAUAAGUGGGCUCUUGUUAGUGAACUCAGGAAUAAUUCCAGUGAUCCGAACGCCUUUGACGCUCAUUUAAGAGAUUAUUUCACACUGUACAGAGAAAACGAGGACUACGAUUACGUCGACAUCAACACAGUUUGGAAGAGAUUCAAUAAAGUGUAUUACGCGAUCAAAUCGUUAAUAACUUAUCGGCCAGUGAGAGAAAAAUAUUGGUAUGAGACUUUAAAACAGUUUUAUAAUGACAAUGUUAUGUAUAUAGAAGUGCGCUCAGGAUUGCCUGAUUUAUACGAAUUGGAUGGCACUAAACACGGUAAGAGAUACUUGGUAGAGCUUUAUAAGAACGGGACUGACAAAUUUAUAGAAGAGCAUCCAGAUUUUAUUGGCAUCAAACUAAUUCUGACAAGAGAUAGAGCUCAGAGUAUCAACCAUGUACUAGAAGCUAUUAAUGUAACAAGACAGUUGAAAGCGGAAAUGCCUGAUCUAAUAGCUGGCUUUGAUCUAGUCGGUCAAGAAGAUUUAGGCCGACCAUUAUCAGACUUCAUACCAAUUUUAUCAGAAGCCAAAGAAGAAAUAAACCUAUACCUACAUGCUGGAGAAACUGCUUGGCUCGGGACGUCUACAGACGAGAACCUUGUUGAUGCAAUUCUUCUGGGGUCAAAGAGAAUCGGUCAUGGAUAUGCGUUAACAAAGCAUCCAAGUCUGAUGUCAGCGUUGAUAAAGAAGGACAUAGCUUUGGAAGUGAAUGUGAUAUCAAAUGUAGUGUUAUCUUUAGUGCAUGAUGUGCGGAACCAUCCUUUAGCUACGUAUCUAGCUUUAGGUCUGCCUGUAGUUUUGUCUAGUGACGAUCCGGGAGCCUGGAGUGCUGAACCUCUCUCCCAUGAUUUCUUCGUAGCUUUUAUGGGAGUUGCAAGCAAGAGAGCUGAUUUGAGGAUGUUGAAACAGCUAGCAAUUAAUUCCAUAGUGUACAGUGCGUUAGAGGAGGAUAGAAAAUCAAGACUGUUUGCUGUGUUUUAUGAUCGUUGGGAUAGGUUCAUUAAAGAUGUUAUAUCUAAUGAAUCUUAUAGAGAUUUAGAAGUGUCAUAGCGUGUAUGAUUUUGGACUCUAAAGAGUGUAAUUUAGGUUGUUUUUCACUUGCAGUUGUUUGAAUGGUUUGUUGAUAUUUUGUGAGUCGUGUUGGUCUGUUUGUUUUUGCUGAUAUUGUUCAUUUUGAUGACUCUAUGUAAGUGACAAAAAUAAUGUGAUUAUAAAACGAAAAAUCUAUGUUCCUAAAAUCGUUGUGAGAAUGAAUAGACGUCUUUGUAUUUAUUGUUUAAAUGUAAGUUUUUU